ACUUUCUCCACUCCCCUAACUCGCGAGCUCGCGCAGACAGCGGCGCCGCCCCCCUUCCCUCCUCCUCUCUUCUCCAUCCGUUCGCCGCCGCCCGCUGCUGCCGCGGCACCCUAUGGCCCCGACUGGGCGGCUCCUCGUGGUAGCCGCCCUCUCCAUCCUCUGUUUGCAGGGGCUGUUGCGCGAUUCAGGCGCUGCAUUUGCUCAGGCCCACCCGCCGCCUCACCGGAUCGUCCACGCAGGGGAAAAUGACGGCGGCCUCAUGCCGGAGCUCCCGCCCAGCGGCCUCAUGCCCAUGCCGGAGCUCUCCCCCAGCGGUUCCCCGAAGCCAUUUGUUCCCUUCCUGGCGCCUGCUCCGCUCGCGCCCUUCUUCAACAACAGCACGCCAAAGCUCUCAGGGAAAUGCACAUUGAACUUCACCGCUGUUGAUAAACUGAUGACCACCACAGCCGUCGACUGCUUCACCUCGUUUGCUCCUUUCUUGGCCAAUGUCAUUUGCUGCCCCCAGCUUCAGGCAACACUGACCAUCCUCAUAGGGCAGUCUAGCAAGCAGACAGGGUCUCUUGCGUUGGAUCCCACUGUCGCCAACUAUUGCCUGUCGGAUGUCCAGGAGCUGCUGUUGAGCCAAGGUGCCAGCGAUAAUCUCCACAGCCUUUGCUCGGUCCACCUCUCGAAUGUCACCGAGGGAUCAUGCCCUGUCAGCACCGUGGAUUCGUUUGAGAGUGUCAUUGACUCGUCCAAGCUCCUUGAGGCCUGUCGGAAGAUCGACCCUGUUAACGAAUGCUGCAGCCAGACAUGUCAGAAUGCUAUAAACGAGGCUGCCCAGAAAAUCUCAUCCAAGGAUGGAGGCUUGACGAGCUACUCUGGGAGCCCCAAAAUUGAUAGUUGCAGGAACGUUGUUCUCAGAUGGUUGUCAAGCAGGCUUGACCCACCGUCUGCAAAGCAGAUGCUCAGGCAGAUAUCUAACUGCAAUGUCAAUGGAGUUUGUCCGCUAAGCUUUCCUGACACAAGUAAGGUGGCAAAAGAGUGUGGUGGAACAAUCAAGAACAGUACUACAUGUUGCAAGGCUAUGUUAAGUUAUGUAGCCCAUUUGCAAAAGCAAAGCUUCAUAACAAACUUGCAAGCUUUAAAUUGUGCUUCGUUUCUUGGUGCAAAGUUGCAAAAGAUGAACGUCAGCACGAAUGUCUAUAGCUCUUGUCAAAUAACACUAAAGGAUUUUUCACUUCAAGUUGGAUCUCAAGAAUCUGGAUGCCUCCUUCCAAGUAUGCCUUCGGAUGCAUCCUUUGACCACAUUUCUGGGAUUAGCUUCACGUGUGAUCUGAAUGAUAACAUUGCAGCUCCAUGGCCAUCGUCCAUGCAAGCACCGUCCUCAUCAUGCAAUAAAUCUGUCAAUAUUCCAGAGCGACCUGCUGCGACAUCGGCACAAAAUGGUGUGAACCAAAAGAAUCUGAAGCUAAGGCUGCUUGUUUCUUUGGCCUCCCUUCUUCUGGUGCUCCUGGUACAAGCUUAGCGUGGUCCAGUUUGGCAAAUGGCAAUUAUUGAGAUUCAUUCAGGAGAGCUAACUGGAGGUGUCAGUGAAGAGCUCGAGCAUCAAAGUGUUGUAGGUUCACAUGUGUUUUUGUAAUCUCCUGGUAGCUAUAUAUUAGCGUAAUUUGUUGUAAGGCAUAUAAUAUAAUGAUAGCAAUAAUUUAUAUUCGUUUUGUAUAGCGAGAAAGUGGGGUGGUGAGAUGCGAGAUGCGCAUGGUGACUUGGCUGGAGGGGACGGAUUUCAGCAUUGGUUAACACUCAUAUUGUUCAAUUGAUACUAAUAGAUGGAUCAUGUGAUGCUGGCGUUGUUGAGUAUUAUUUGGCCUGGGCUUGGCGGCGCCAGUUAAGCAA